ACAGACAAGCAGUUGGUGCAAAAAUGGUUGUGUGAAAUAGACUUGAUAUCAAAUUUGACAAAAACAAAACAUUAAACUAAACCAGCAAAAUCCAGUUUUACAUUACCACCACCUUCAUCUUCUUCUUCACUCUUCCAUUUUUCAAUUCUGUUUCUUUCUUCAUUGCAAAUCCACUCUUUCUUAUCUGUCUCUGUUGCUUCUCUGCUAAAUCCCAUUCCUAAGAAAUCUCUCACAACUACUUUCUCUUGUGACCUCUUAACCUUCUUCUUUGACCAAAUUUGACUUCUUUAUAUUACUCACUUUACUUCUACUUUUGCAGCAGCAUAAAAAAUUUAAUUCUUUUCUUGAGGAACUAAAAAAUGGGUAUUUGGAAAUUGGGUUUUUUGGGGCUUCUUUGUGCAACUUUUCUCUUUACAAUUGAUGCUGUUGAGCUUCGUAGGAAUCAACCUACUGAAAGAAUUUCAGGUAGUGCUGGUGAUGUAUUGGAAGAUGAUCCGGUUGGAAGGUUGAAGGUUUUUGUUUAUGAACUUCCAAGCAAAUAUAAUAAGAAAAUUCUGCAAAAGGACCCAAGAUGCCUCACCCAUAUGUUUGCUGCUGAGAUAUUUAUGCAUCGAUUUCUCUUAUCUAGCGCUGUCCGAACCCUUAAUCCUGAAGAAGCUGAUUGGUUUUAUACCCCUGUAUACACCACCUGUGACUUGACACCAAAUGGCCUCCCUUUACCCUUUAAGUCGCCUCGAAUGAUGAGAAGUGCCAUACAACUUAUUUCUUCAAAUUGGCCUUAUUGGAACCGAACAGAGGGAGCCGAUCAUUUCUUUGUGGUUCCUCAUGACUUUGGGGCAUGUUUCCACUACCAAGAAGAGAAGGCAAUCGAAAGAGGGAUUCUUCCGCUGCUGCGGCGUGCUACUUUGGUUCAAACAUUUGGACAGAGGAAUCAUGUGUGUUUGAAAGAUGGCUCAAUAACCAUUCCUCCAUAUGCUCCACCACAGAAAAUGCAUACCCACCUUAUUCCUGAUAAGACUCCCAGGUCAAUUUUUGUGUACUUCCGAGGACUGUUUUAUGAUGUUGGAAAUGACCCUGAAGGUGGUUAUUAUGCAAGAGGUGCAAGAGCAGCGGUGUGGGAGAACUUUAAGGACAAUCCACUAUUUGACAUUUCGACGGAGCAUCCAACAACAUAUUACGAGGACAUGCAACGAGCCGUGUUUUGUCUAUGCCCACUUGGAUGGGCCCCCUGGAGCCCAAGAUUGGUUGAAGCUGUGGUAUUUGGUUGCAUUCCUGUUAUUAUUGCCGAUGAUAUUGUUCUACCGUUUGCCGAUGCAAUACCGUGGGAAGAGAUCGGGGUGUUUGUUGAUGAGCAGGAUGUUCCUAAGUUGGAUACCAUACUCACAUCGAUCCCACCAGAAGUUAUAUUAAGGAAACAAAGAUUGCUUGCUAACCCUUCUAUGAAGCAAGCCAUGUUAUUCCCUCAACCUGCACAAUCAGGAGACGCUUUCCAUCAAGUUCUAAAUGGACUUGCACGGAAGUUGCCACAUGACAGGAGUGUAUUCUUGAAACCAGGGGAGAAGAGCUUGAAUUGGACUGCUGGCCCUGUCGGCGAUCUUAAACCUUGGUAGCAGUUUCAACAGUCCUGAGGCGAUUAUGAUUCUUUAUAUGUCUUGGUCAAUCCUCCCCAAAUGUUCAUAGGGGUCGGUAACCGAGGUGCCCUUUUUUUGUGGACAUUGUAAAUUUUGAUAUAUGGGCACAAUUAAUUUGAUACUGUAAUCCAAUUUGCCACAUGAUUGAUCUCAUAGUAUGCUUAUGCAACUUAUUUUGCUGCCUUAGUAGGAGUGUCUGUUUUCUCUUGUGUCACGGCAUUGGAAAAUAAGAGUCAUAACGGCAGCAUUACAUGUGUUUCUUGUUUUGAUGAUAGUUGGUGAGUUUAGAAUAAGUGCUUACUCUUGAUGGACUGAUUUGUUUGUAUUUCAAUUUAGACUUCAAGAAUAUCAUAGCUUGUUGUUUUGGUAAACUUAGAUUGUGUUCUCUAAGUUCUCAUUUCGUAUAUUUUGUGUUUGUGUGCGUGGAUAAAGGUUAGGUGGGAAGAAGUGUCAAAUCUGGCUUGCUUAGAAGAAACGGAUCUCCUACCAACAUUUAGAUUUUAGUAGGAUUUAGAUUUAGAUUAGAUACUAGCUUGUCUUUAGGAUUCACUGUUUUUUCUUUGACAAGGAAUCAUUAGUUGAUUACAACUUUAUUA